UUUUUAUUUUAAAUUAUUCGAGCUCUCCAAAGAGAGGGAGAGCUCGUUAGGGCCCUCUAAUGGCGGACGAGGAACUCUAAUUCCCCGUAAAACCCUAGCUAGCUACCAAUUUCCCCCUAAUUCUUCAGCCUUAAUUUGCUAAUGAAGGUCCCGCCUCGGAAUUAAUGGCGCUCGGGUUGAAAAGAAUCGUUUGAUUUGAUAAUUUUUGAAAAAAAAAAAGAAAAAAAAUGAAGCGAUCGAUUCGCGUACCUUUUAGUGCUCUCCUGCUCCUCAUGGUCGCCAUGUGUGCUCUUCUGAGCUUCCGAGUCGCCGUCGUCGUGCGCGGAGUUAUCGGAGGCGGUGGCGACGCCGCGGGGGCGGCAGAGGAUGCCGAUGUAAUUAGUGCUGCGCUCCUGCGGCUGUCGGCGGCGGACCCCGGCGAGGCGACGCUGAGGAAGGAUGCGGAGUUCCUCCUCGGCGGCGACAUCCCUCAGGCGGUCCGGCCGGGGCGGAUCGACGGCACGUGGCGGCUGGAGUUCGGCCACCUCGAGGCGCGGCCGCGGCCGGAUAUGCGGGCGCCCAUUCGCCUCCUGCUGCCCAAGGACUACGGGAUCAUCCCCGUCUUCCGCCGCGCCCUCCGCGACUGGUACAGCCGGCUGCUGUUUGAGCCUGAGGUGAUGUCGGAGCUGCCCGAUCUCGUGAAGCUCCCCAUCGACAGCCACCACCACGCACGCCUCCGUAGCAACGGCAGCGGUGAACCCCUGGGUCCGCCCCGGCGUCGGUACGGCACGUGCGCGGUGGUGGGCAACAGCGGCAUCCUCCUCCAGUCCGCCCACGGCGAGCUCAUCGACAGCCACGACUUGGUCAUCCGCCUCAACAACGCCCGCAUCGCCGGCUUCCGCCGCCACGUGGGAUCCCGCACCAGCCUCUCCUUCAUAAACAGCAACAUCCUCCACCAGUGCGCCCGCAGGGAGGGCUGCUUCUGCCACCCCUACGGCGCCGACGUACCCAUCGUGGCCUACACCUGCCAGGCCGCGCACUUCCUCGACUACGCCCUCUGCAACGCCUCGGACCCCCUGCUGCUCGUCACUGACCCGCGCUUCGACGUGCUCUGCGCGCGCAUCGUGAAGUACUACUCUCUAAAGGAUUUCGCGGAGACGACGGGUCGGCCGUUGGAUCAGUGGGGGACGGCGCACGACGAGCAGAUGUUCCACUACUCCUCGGGGUUCCAAGCGGUGAUGCUGGCGGUGGGGCUGUGCGAGGAGGUGAGCGUGUUCGGCUUCGGGAAGUCGACUUCCGCGAAGCACCACUACCACACCAACCAGCGGGCGGAGCUCGACUUGCACGACUACGAGGCCGAGUACGCGGUCUACCGCGACCUCGUGCGGCGCCCCCACGCCAUCCCCUUCCUCAACGAAUCCGGCUUUCCAGUCCCCCGGCUCGUCUUCUAUCACCCAGAUUACUAAUUGGAUUGGAUUGGAUUGGAUUCGGAUUUAUUAUUGUUGAUGAAAAUUGUACGUA